AUGCAUGUGAAUAUGGACGAGAGUGAAGAGUUGAGGACUGGAGACGAAGAAGAUGCGAGAGACGAAGAGGAUUAUGUAGACCAUGCCUUGGCCAAGCCAAGAUGGCGGAUAGAGUUGAAGUUGAUUUCGCUCGCAGCGGCACUCACGAUGGCGAGGGGGGCGACGGCGACGUCUCAGGCCGAUAGCUCUCAGGGGAAGAAAAGAAUCUUCGUCUGUGUGGAGCUCUCCGACUCAGACGUGGACGCGGUGGCCCGCACCAUCGAGCUGCUGCAGUGCCAGCAUCCCUGGAAGCAGCUGAGGAACCACACGCGGUGGGUGAACCCCAGGAGCUCCCACCUGACCCUGCGCUUCCUCGGAGACAUGGGGGACGAGGAGAUCGAAACACUGAGGUCCAAGCUCGACCUGGAGCUGGCAGCACUUGGGAACCUGGAGCCCUUCCCUCUUGCAGCUGCGUCUCUUGGGACCUUCCAGCGGAAGGCCUGCCGUCUGUGCUGUGGCUGGGGCUGA